AUGGCCGCCACUCUAAUGAGGAGGUGGUUCCCAACCACGAGCCAUCCCCUGGUCAUCAGUGCUCCCAUGGACUUCGUCACCAACGCGAGGCUAGCCACCGAGGUGACCAAGGCUGGCGGACUAGGCUUCAUUCAAGGAGGCCGAGACUUUAAGCCUGGUUCCGCACUCGUGACGAAGACCCUGGACGAGCAGCUCACCACCGCGCGCAAGCUCUUGGCAGGGCAUCUCGGCAGCGCCAACGGGUGCAACUCCUCGGCCACACUUCCCCUGGGUGUUGGAUUCGUCGCGUACGACGCAUCCGCCGUGGAGCACUUCAACUCGACGACACUGCCUAUCCUCGCCAGGCACAGGCCAUGUGUUGUAUGGCUCUUUGCACCAUCACCCGAGCGGCCAGGCACGAUCCGCAAGAUUGUCGAGGCGCUGCGGCAAGCUGCUGCUGUUGCUACUGCUGCUGCUCUCUCCAGCGGAUCUUCGGGAGGCGAUGGCGGGGAUCGCGAGGUCUUGGGACCAUGGGACUUGCAUAUCGCCGUGCAGGUCGGUACCGUGGAAGCGGCGCGUCAGGCGGUCGCAGACGGCGCGGACAUCAUCGUGGCCCAGGGAGUGGACGCCGGAGGGCACCAGUUUGCCAGUGGUGCAGGCAUCGUCAGCUUGGUGCCAGAGAUUGCGGACAUGCUCUCCAGCAUGACGGAGGACGGCAGGAGUGAUGGCGGGACACGCGAGAUCGCCUUGUGGGCUGCCGGCGGUAUUGUCGAUGGCCGUGGAGUUGCUGCUGCUUUGGCGCUAGGCGCAGACGCAGCGGUUUUGGGCACGAGGUACAUGGUCGCCACCGAGUCGGAUGCGCAGGACUUUAAGCGGCAGGCCAUCCUGUCCACAUCAGAUGGCGGCCAAAACACGGUAAAAGCAUAUAUCCACGACCACGUUCAAGGCAACCACUCCUGGCCUGAAUUCUACGAUGGCCGAGCCAUUGUGCACCCGUCCUACACUGACCACGUUGGCGGAUUGUCUCUGGACGAGAAUAAAGCAAUGUUCAAGAAGGCUAAGGACCGUGGAGAAGUUUCGAGAAUGGUCACCUGGUCUGGCACGGGUGUCGGUCUGGUCAGAGAAGAACUGCCUGCGGCAGAGAUCACUCGGAAAGUGCGAGAGGAGGCCGCCAAGGUCAUGAAAGGACUUCGAUGA